AUGGCAGAUAUAAAAUUGAAAAUUCAUUCAUAGGAAUUUGAUAAGUCCAAAUUGAUAAAGGAGAAGAAGGAAAUAAUUUAGCGAUUUUAGCAAUAAUGGAUAAAGGAAUCUGAAGAACCUCCAAGAUAUAAGAAAGGAAUUAAAAUUAAAAAUUACAUUGACAUGGGCAAGUAUGAGGGAGAAUUAAACAAUGAUAAAAGAUGUGGCAAAGGCAUAUAUUAUUAUAGUAAUGGUGACACUUAUGUGGGAGAAUGGAAGGACGAUAGGUUUCAUGGAAAAGGAGUUUAUUUAUUCGCAAAUGGAGAGAGAUAUGAUGGAGAUUUGAGAGAAAGCAUCAAACAUGGCCGUGGUAUAUAUUUAUAUGAAAAUGGUAACGUAUAUGAGGGAGAAUGGGCUAAUGAUAAAAAAAAUGGUUAGGGAACAUAUACAUACUUUGUAAAUAGCGAAAAAUUUGAAGGAUAAUGGGUUGACGGAGAAAAACAUGGGAAGGGUAUGUACAUCUACACAACUGGUGAUAAAUAUUUUGGAGAUUGGAGAGAUGGUGCUAAAUCAGGGAAGGGUGUAUUUGAGUAUUUAAAUGGGACAAGAUUUGAGGGAGAAUUCUUGGAUGAUAAAGCAAAUGGAUUGGGAGUGAUGGAGUAUUAAAAUGGAGAUAAAUAUGAAGGAGAAUGGCAAGGAGGUUUAAAAGAAGGAUAAGGAUUAUACUAAUAUUCAGAUGGAGCUAAAUAUCAAGGAGAAUGGAGGAAUGAUACUUAAUUUGGACAUGGAAUUUUAUAUUAUGUUGAUGGGGAUAGAUAUGAAGGAUCUUUUGUGGACGGAAUACGUUCUGGCAAAGGAAUUUAUACUUAUUCUAAUGGAGAUAGGUUUGAAGGAGAUUAUCAGAAUGAUACACGAAAUGGAAUAGGAAGAUUGCAAAUGGUCAAUAAUGAUGUUUAUUUUGGAGAAUGGGUAAAUGGAAAAAGUUAUGGAAAAGGAAGAUAUGAAUAUGCGAAUGGUGAUUAUUUUGAAGGUGUGUUUUAGGAUGGAAAGAGAUAAGGAAAAGGAGUGUAUUAUUGGAAAAAUGGAGACAAACUUAUUGGACAGUGGAAAAAUGAUAAAAUGGAUGGAGAGGGAGAAUUUCUAUAAAAGCAUUGA